AUGGGAGUCUCAGCUGUUCUUCCAAUCGCAAUUGUCGGCGGUGGCCCAUGCGGCCUCAUGCUAGCACGUCUGCUUCAAACCGCAAGCAUUAAUUACGUCGUUUUUGAGCGCGACGAAUCUCCAACGUCAACACUCAGAAGCCAAGGCGGUACACUAGACAUCCACAGAGACUCAGGCCAAGAAGCGCUUCGUCGCGCGGGUCUUCACAAGGAAUUCGAGUCAUUAGCUCGAUACGAUGCAACGACCAUGACAUUGAUGGACUUUCAAGGGAAAUUCCGUGCUUCGUUUGGAGACAAUGAUGGUGGUGAUAGACCAGAGAUCGAUCGCCAGCAGCUGCGACAGUUGUUACUCAAUUCCUUGUCAAGUGAUUGUAUCCGUUGGGGCAAGAUACUGGAUGCUGUUGAUCAGAAGGAAAAUGGGGAAGCGCGUGAUUUAACACUCAAGUUUCGCGAUGGAUCGACAGAGAGUGGAUUUCGACUCAUUAUUGGAGCAGAUGGUGCUUGGAGCAAAGUGCGCUCUCUCGUUACUGACGCUAAGCCCAUUUAUUCUGGCAAAUCAUUCAUUGAAGGCAGAAUAUCCCCAGACAACUCACAAUACAAACUCGCGCAGCAAAUAGCCGGAAAGGGAACUGCCAUGGCAAUGAGUGCCAAAUCCACCCUCGCAGUCCAACAGUUAUCCGAUGCCUCGUACCGUACAUACAUGGGCGUAGUGGCACCUGAAUCCUUGACGCGUCCCGGUGGUGAUGCUGAUCCAAAUGAUAUGGACAAAGCGCGAAACACAAUGCUUGGGCCUGGAGGCUUUUACGAGACUUGGACACAAGACUUGAGACGAUUAAUCGAAGCUUCUGAGGGACCAUGGCGACCCUGGCCACUAUAUCGCCUCGACAAAGCCCUGUUCUCUUCUAAUGAUGAAGAUGUGCCUAGAUGGAAACGCGUUCCCGGCGUUGUUCUCCUCGGAGACGCCGCACAUCUCGCUACUCCAAAUGGCGAAGGCGUGAACCAAGCCAUGUAUGACGCGCUCAUGCUAUUUGACCAGAUCAUAGCAGAGACUAGGGCUCUUGAAGGAAGCUAUGAUCAGGAAGCUGAUGUAGAAGCGUUAGAGCGCGCUAUUGUUGCGUACGAAAAGGAGAUGCGACCAAGAGCGUUGGAGCAUAUCCAGAGCAGUAUCGACAUGGAAGACAUGAUGUAUGCUGAUGAUGGGGCUCAGCGCAUGAUAGAAGCAUUCAAGUCUGCUCAUGGUGAGAAUUAG